ACUAGAUAUGGGCAUGCAGGAAGCAAACAUGGAAAGCCAGCUGGACUAGAAGUGGCAGACCCUGGUGGGAAGGAUCACAAGACGUCGAGCUGCUCUGCCAGAACAUGCCGGCCGCCCUGGGACAGAUUCUCCUCCUGUUCGCCGUGGCACUCCAUGCAGCUCCAGGAGAAUCGGUACCUGUGCCGAAAUGGUUGUGCGAGUGCCCGCAGACGAGGGAAACUGUGCCGUGGAAAAGCAUCACAGACUUCCAGGUGAUACCAAAGAGCUCCUUCUGCAGCAGGGUGGAGAUUGUGGUCACCCAGGGAAAUGCAAAAGUCUGCCUCAAUCCAGAGUCAAAACAAGGACAGAAGAUACAGGAAUGCUGGGAUAAAAUAAAGAAUAAACCGAAAGGAACGAGAAAAAAAUGCAGGCGAACCAAAUCUUAGACACCACAUAUCGCACCAGCUCUGCAGCACCGACUAACAAGCUUAACAGUUUCAGGUUGUUUGCCGCUGUCAUUUUAAAGCGCGCUUACUUUUUAUAGGUUGUUUAAGAACUAGGAGAAUAUUUUGUGUUGCUUAGUUUUCAUAACUGAUUCGUUUGUCAUUAACACAGUAUUUUAUAUUCUGUAUAAUAUAUUAUUUGCAUUGUAUAUUUUACCAUUCAAGUUUGGGAGGGGUCAGGGAAUAUGUUAUGCUUUAAUUGUUUGCGUUUAUCAUUUUGAUCAUGAUAACGGUACAUCAAGUUAUUAUAGUAAACUUUGCGUGGUUGUAUUCGUAAGUUCGUAACUUCUUUUAAUGACAAAUAUAUAAAUAAAAUGACCCGCAAAGAAUUACGCGGCACCUCUUGCUAUAGGCCUACACAGACACUUUUUUAAUAAUAAAAUACUUCACUGACACACUGAAGUGGUGAAAUCUUUACUGCAAAAUAAAUCCGCGAUCGUAGUAAAAAUAUCAACAUUAUCUGGCAUCUUUGCCUGACGACCCGGGCAGCACCUCCGUUAAGAAGCCAAUAAACUGGUUUGCCCACCUGUUUAAUCUAAACCUGCUGUGAUAUCGAUAACCAAGCAAAGGCAGCUACGUCCGGCGGCGAGGGAAUAUACAGAUCAGUAUCUCAAACUGUCGCUGUCAAACUGCGUGCUUUUUACCACGGAAAUUAAAAUUCAGAAAUACAAAUUAUAACGGUGGAUAAUGGCCAAGGUUCUGCACGCUACCGUCUCCCACUCAAAAUUAAGUACAUAAACAGAAUCAAGUGGAUCUCCAGGGAGCAGGAGUGCAAUCUCAGUGCGUUUAAGGACAGAAAAUAAAAUAUAUUACACAGUCGUUUAAAAUGAUCCAGAACUUAACAUUUUAAAAGGCUAACUUGGUUGUUAACGACUACAAGGGCUAAACAUUGAUUCUAAUACAGUGCAUCCAUUAGUUUCUGCAAUGUAAAAUGCAGAUAAUUACACUGGUUUCCAUGCAUAUUAUCGUGCUUCGGAUGAUGCCCAAACUUACAGUAGUAAUUAAUUCAUUCCAUUCUGGGGGGAAAAAGAUACAAACCGAUUUGAUAUCACAGGUUAAGUAAAGAAAUCACGGCAGUUGCUCUCGGGAGCAAUCUUAUUUGUAUGAUUCCCUUAUUCUUUUAACCCCGUUAACCUACCGCCUCCCACCCACCAAAAAAACGGUCAGCUUUGUUCAUUUGUACUCGAUACAAACAAUAAACUAGAUUGUCUCACUUAUUGUUACAGUGGUAUUGCAGUGGUCAGUGCAAUCUGAGAUUACAAACGUUUUCUUACCAUUUCCUCUAGGACAAAAAGAACUGCGUGUUAUUUUACUUCCAAAAGUUCCACUUCCCAAUUCCAAAUCAGAUUCCUCGUUUUAUCCACGUAGUACUAUCGUGACCGUACACGUCCUGAAAGACGGAGCCCCCAAACAACCAAAAAAAAAAUUAAAAAAACACUCUCAA